UCCUACCAAAAUCACAGCCCGGUGCAGCCCCGGCUCUCAUUCACAGCUUUCUAGAGAAAUCUGCGAUCCAACUGCCAGGAUAGGGGAUCUCACCCACCCAGUUCAGCAGCGAGGACACCUGCAGAAACACAUUCCCAAAGCAAGCCUGGGCGGCGGUGUGAAGUAAGCAAUGACCUUGGUUUCGCUUCUGUUUUGGAUGACCACCACCACAUAGGGCCUGAAUGUCCUGCUGUUUUCCAGGGACGGAAAGAAGACCCUGUACUUGUCUGUUCCGAGGGCAGUCUUAUAGUAGGAAAACCAUCGAAUGGGCCACAGUUUCAGCACACUGUCAUGUGAAUGGGACCAGUCUCUGUUCUUCCAAAACAUCAGAGAUUAAGCACUUGGGAAGAAGAUUUGGCCAAGAUGACACAUUUGCAGGCUGGGCUCAGUCCAGACACUAUAGAGAAAGCACGCCUGGAACUGAAUGAAAACCCGGAUGUUUUACAUCAGGACAUUCAACAGGUUAGAGACAUGAUCAUCACCAGGCCGGACAUCGGGUUUUUACGUACAGACGAUGCCUUCAUCCUGCGAUUCCUCAGAGCCAGGAAGUUUCACCAAGCGGAUGCCUUCAGACUCCUGGCCCAGUACUUUCAGUACCGCCAGUUAAACCUGGACAUGUUCAAAAACUUCAAGGCGGAUGAUCCUGGCAUUAAAAGGGCUCUGAUCGAUGGGUUCCCCGGAGUGCUGGAAAACCGUGACCACUACGGCAGGAAGAUUCUGCUGCUGUUUGCUGCCAAUUGGGAUCAGAGUAGGAACUCCUUCACAGACAUCCUUCGUGCCAUCCUGCUGUCCUUGGAAGUCCUUAUUGAAGACCCAGAGCUUCAGAUAAAUGGCUUCAUCUUGAUUAUAGACUGGAGUAAUUUUUCCUUCAAACAAGCUUCUAAGCUGACACCUUCUAUCCUUAAACUUGCCAUUGAAGGGUUGCAGGACAGCUUUCCUGCCCGAUUUGGAGGAGUCCAUUUCGUCAACCAGCCCUGGUACAUUCAUGCCCUGUAUACGCUCAUCAAGCCAUUCCUUAAAGAUAAGACCAGGAAACGGAUUUUCCUACAUGGAAACAAUUUAAACAGCCUUCACCAGCUAAUACACCCUGAGUUCUUGCCCUCUGAAUUUGGAGGAACCCUUCCUCCUUAUGACAUGGGAACAUGGGCACGGACAUUACUCGGUCCUGACUACAGCGAUGAAAAUGACUACACUCACACCUCCUAUAAUGCCAUGCAUGUGAAACACACAUGCUCCAACCUAGAGAGGGAGUGCUCCCCCAAGCCAAUGAAAAGAUCUCAGUCUGUGGUAGAAGCUGGGACGCUGAAACAUGAGGAUAAGGGAGAGAAUGAGAACACUCAGCCACUUCUGGCUCUGGAUUGAGCCUGCGUUGUGUGAUGUUCCCGUGCACAGGUCUUCAGGGGACCAGCCACCCAGGAAGCACCUGUGCAACUGACCCACAGACACGUGCUCUGCUUGACACAAGGUCCUCCACUAAGCCCCAGUCAAGUCUGUCAGCAGCCAUUGGUCUGAGCAGCCCAAGUCGGACAAAGAUUUGAGAGACACUUUUAAAAUUUAAUUUAAUUAAUUUUUUAGUGAGGGAUUGGAGGAUGAAGCAAGGCAUUUAUGUAAAAAAGAUUCUCCCUCCCCACAUAUUUAUGGUAGCAAAUGUACUUAAAAAGGGGUGGGGGACUAAAUUUGCUGCACACACUACAUUGCUCUGAGGGAUCCUCUCCAGGGUUUUGCAAAUGAAGAUGAAGUGCAUUUCCAAAUAAAUACACCAGAGUCAAAUUGUGCACACAUAUCGUCAAGUUUAAUGUAGUGCAGCUCUGGAAGAUAAUAGUAGCUCCAAUGAUUUCCAUUCUUAUUGAAUUAUUUUCUGACCUCAUCACCAGCAACCAGCAUCUAAGUGUUCAGCCUAAGAGCACGUUCUCAUUGGCUAUUUGUAAAGUUCUCUUAUUUAAAUAUCCUGAAAAAAAAAAAAAAGAUUUUUGACAUCACAUUGUUUGUAAGGCCACCAGCUGACUUCAUGAACUGAUUUUAAAAGAAGACACAGGCAGUUUGAAAAUGAGUUCCUGCAGACAUCCUGAGGGUCCAUCAGUCUAGCAGGGAGGAGGUGGCUCAUUGAAAACACAUUACUGAGCCCACCAACUUGAUUCUUGGGUCACUAUGGCAAACCAUUUAGUCCCUCAUCUUCCUUUUAAAGUUACGGAGAAAGGGCCCAGCCACUGCUGAGAGGGUAGACCAUCAAUGGUAAAGAAAGACCCUUAAGGAUGGCUCGGUAUGUAAGUAUUGAGCUUACAGAAGACCAAGGAUGCAAGACGAAACGCCAAAGACCACUCUACUUCCUUAUCUACUCUCCGUAGAAACGGACUCCCCACCCAAAGGAAAUCAGACAGAAAACAGACAUCAAAGAUUAUGCUAUCUUUAUCUGUGCCAGAUUUCCCAAGACCAGCUGAAUAUGUUAGAUAUCACUCAUUUCUCCAGCUAUCUGUAGGACAUGGGUACUUGUUAAUAUGACCAGUGAAUCCUUAACGUCAAACAAAAACUUAAUUGCUAAAGGGCAACAAACUACAUUUUCCAUUUUAAGUAUUUGGGAAGGUUGAUUUGUUAGAUGAACGAUCUAAAGGAAACAGGUAGGUAAUUGAUUCAAUCUGUAACUGGCCGUAAUCACCCCAGCUGAUAUUGCUAAUCAUGGUCACUUCCCUUUCUUCUCUGUCCUCC